UCCACAAACCCCAUACACUCUUCCCACUUCCACACCACCACCAACUGAUCCCUUCCCUGAUUCUGAUAACACACGGCAACCUUAACAGACAAAGCAGACAGAAGAAGAAGAAGAAGAAGAAGAAGAGAAGAAGAAAGAAGACGAAGAGGAAAAUGUCAGUGGCAACAGCUUCUUUCCCAUGUCUUAAACUCCCAACUUCAUCUUCUUCUCCAUCUCCUUCCUCUUCCUCAUACUAUUCCUCGCCUUCUUCCUCUGCCUGCUCCACUUCCAAGCCAUGCUUCUUGACUAUCCAGUGUUCCCAGACCGAGGGCCCCAUCCGGAGACCGGUGGCCCCUUCUCCUCCUCCCCUCCGGGAGCCCACCCCGCCCGCUGCUCCCAAGCCGGUGGCCCCCUCUCCAGGCCCGACCGCGGCCUCUCCAGCCCCGGUUCAGAAGAAGCCUCCCCCGGUGAUGGUGGACGAUAAGGAAGUGAUCACCCUCGAGUUCCAGAGGCAGAAGGCCAAGGAGCUCCAAGAGUACUUCAAGCAGAAGAAGCUUGAGGAGGCCAAUCAGGGCCCCUUCUUCGGGUUUAUUGGCAAGAAUGAAAUUACAAAUGGAAGAUGGGCAAUGUUUGGAUUUGCUGUAGGGAUGCUGACAGAGUAUGCGACCGGCUCAGACUUUGUCGACCAAGUAAAGAUUCUUCUCUCCAAUUUUGGGAUCGUCGAUCUCGAAUAAUUUCCUGUACUCUUUUUCAUUGUCAUAAUUUCUUGGUACUCUUUUUCAUCAUCUCUCGUCAAUACCUUCCAAUCUGUUGUAAUCUGCUAUAGCAAAGUUCAAUACCUGCGUGCGAUGUCCUUGUAGUUUUCAUCGGUUCACCAUAGUCUGUAUCUACAACUAUACAUUUUUCACUGUGAGAGCUCAAUUACAUGCUGAACAUGCCGUUUCAUGCCUUUC